AUGGAUCGACUGGAUGGAUUCUAUCAGAUCAUCAUGCGCGAACGGUACAUCCCGUACACAGCUGUGAGCACCCCCAGUAAUAUGCUCUGGGAGUGGCUAGUGAUGUUACGGGGGCUAAGUAACGCCCCUGCAAUGUUGAACAGAUGUGUCACAAAUCUGUUGCGAUCGGUGCGAGACUUCGCACUGAGUUACUUUGACGAUGGCUUCGUCCAUAGCCGGGCUAUGGAUGGAAAGACGGACGUAGAGGUUUAUAGAAUCCACGUAUGGAAGGUUCUUACUCUAAUGAGAGAGCAUAAUCUGUUCGCGAACCUCAAGAAGUGUAUAUUCGCAGCGAACGAAAUGCCACUUCUUGGCUGCAUUGAGGGUAAAAACGGUGUACGCCCUGAUCCGGAAAAGAUCAAGGCGAUUAGCGACUGGCCUGUGCCGUUCGACGGCAAGGGACUUCAAAAGUACCUUGGCUUGGCGGCGUACUUGCACAAGUGCUCGCGCAACUAUGUCGAGAUGACUGUACAUCUCUCUCGUCUGUAA